AUGUCCGCAAACAAGCCGCCGGUCCCCGGUCCGGACCCAAAAUCCUCGAACGAUUUUAUCCAGUUCAACUGUUUGCCACCUGGCGGCGCCCUCAACCGCUGGUCUGCCGGUAUCACACGAGACCAUGACUUCCCGGGUGCGCAAGCCAUGCUGUACGGUGCAGGCGUCCCUGACGAGAAGACGAUGAAAAAUGCACCCCAGGUCGGUAUCGCAACGGUCUGGUGGCAGGGCAAUCCGUGCAAUACACACUUGCUUGAUUUUGGUCAGAUAGUGAAGCGCGCAGUCGAAAAGGAAGGCAUGCUGGGCUGGCAGUUCAACACUAUUGGCGUGUCAGACGCCAUUACCAUGGGCGGCGACGGCAUGCGCUUCUCUCUUCAGUCACGCGAAAUCAUUGCCGAUUCGAUCGAGUCCGUCACCUGCGCCCAGCACCACGAUGCCAACAUCUCUAUCCCCGGCUGCGACAAGAACAUGCCCGGCGUCAUCAUGGCCGCCGCGCGUCACAACAGACCAUUUAUCAUGAUCUACGGUGGAACCAUCCGCAAGGGGCACUCCGACCUUCUUGAAAAGGAAGUCAAUAUUUCGACGUGCUACGAGGCUGCCGGUGCCUAUUCUUAUGGGCGCCUUCAUGCCAAGACCAAUCCUGGCAAGCCCGGUCGCGAGAGCAGCGACGUGCUGUCUGAUCUGGAGCACCACUCGUGCCCAGGGGCUGGUGCCUGUGGUGGUAUGUACACAGCCAAUACCAUGGCCACAGCUAUUGAGGCCAUGGGCCUGACCCUACCGGGCUCCUCGUCAUAUCCGGCGCUGUCACCGGAGAAGUCGCGCGAGUGCGAGCGUGCGGCUGAGGUCAUCAAGACUACCAUGGCAAAGGAUAUACGGCCACGAGAUCUCAUGACCCGCAAGGCUUUUGAGAAUGCGCUCGUUCUAACCAUGAUCCUCGGCGGUUCCACCAAUGGCGUCCUGCACUUCCUCGCCAUGGCUAACACCGCAGGCGUGUCUCUUACCAUUGACGACGUUCAGCGCGCGAGCGACCGCACGCCGUACCUAGCCGAUCUCGCACCCAGUGGGCACUACAUGAUGGAGGACCUGUACAAGGUCGGUGGCACACCGUCCGUGCUCAAGAUGCUUAUCGCCAAGAAUAUUGUCGACGGCUCUAUCAUGACUGUGACGGGCAAGACACUUGCGGAAAAUGUUGCUGAUUGGCCAUCGCUCGAUCCUGGACAGAAAAUUAUCCGCCCACUGGAAGAUCCCAUCAAGUCUAGCGGCCACAUCCGAAUUCUUCGGGGCAACUUUGCGCCUGGAGGUGCUGUCGCCAAGAUUACCGGUAAAGAAGGCCUGCGGUUCAUUGGCAAAGCCCGUGUCUACGACUGCGAGCGUGAUCUAAACACGGCGCUCAGCCGCGGCGAGAUAAAGCGCGAAGAUGGCAACCUCGUUAUUGUCGUGCGCUACGAAGGCCCUAAGGGCGGUCCAGGUAUGCCGGAGCAGCUCCGUGCCUCAGCGGCCAUCAUGGGUGCUGGUUUGACGAAUGUGGCGCUCGUCACGGACGGAAGAUAUAGCGGUGCCUCUCAUGGAUUCAUCGUUGGCCAUGUGGUGCCCGAAGCAGCCGUCGGCGGACCGAUCGCCCUGAUCAAGAAUGGCGACGAGAUGACUAUUGAUGCCGAGACGAACCGCAUUGAUGUGGCCAUUUCGGACGAGGAAAUGGGGAUAAGAAAGGCAGGAUGGACACCGCCGGAGCCGAGGGUCAAAAGAGGUACACUAGCCAAGUAUGCACGCUUAGUAGGGGACGCAAGCCACGGUGCAGUAACAGAUCAGUGGUAA